ACUGUCAAACAUUUGAAAAACGACGGCGCGUGUGAUACCAAUACCAACACAAUGUCGGUAUUGUAUAGUCUUUGGUUUAAUGAUAGAAUAAAUCGCUUUUCUUAUGAGAAAGCCCGCCGCUGAAGUUCGCUUCCACCGUGACGUGUGUGCGCCAAACAAAUUCAGACAAAGUAAACAACUCUCUGUGUAAUCAAGAAACAACCACCAUGCUGUCGCUGCAGGAGCAAGUGCAGCAGCAACCGCCGCCACAACCCCAGACCUUUAAUUGGCAACUGGAGGAUUACGCCUACUUUCGAAAAUGUGGAGAACUUACCACAUCGCCGGAUGUGCAGAGCUUUGGCUUCAAUUGCGCCUUCUGCCCUGCAAUUUGCCUGCCGUUCUCGGUGUUUAUGGAUCACAUUCGCGGCCAGCAUAUUCAGGACGUGAGACGACGGUACGAGGACUCCGAGGAUACAAUCGAACAAACAACCCAAACAGAUUUAAUGAUAAUGGAAAUGGACUGCCAUGACAUAUUCCAACUGGAAGACCAGGACCAGACCACAACCGACAAAUGCACGAAGAAAUCAAAUUUGACUGGAAUGGAGAUGGGAACUGGGAAGGAAUCCACGAUUCCAUGGACAUCCACGAUAGACAUGGACAUUCAGCUGAUGAAUAUCGUCGCAGCGACCCCCACAAUGCAACUAUCCCAUGCAGUAGGAGCACCCGAAAUAGAUUUGGUUUAUGUUAUGGAAAAUCCAUUGCCACCCUCACCGCCGCCAUCCGCGGACAUUUCGGGUGACGAGCAGACCUGCCUGCAGGCACUGGGUCCGUUUGAAGUGCUUCAUGAAAUAGUGGGCACGGUCACGUCUACGCCGACGCCCUCACCUUUGGCUGGGCCUGGUGUUGGGGUCGCCGCUCCACUUCAACCGCCGCGAUACGAGACACGACGCGUGGCAAUGCAGCGCCAGCUUCGUCAGGCGGAAAACCAGAAUGCAAAAGAUUCCAACCGGCAAGAGGCGGAGGCAGAGGCAGAGACAGUGACGGGAGCGGCAGAUGCAGAACAGUUCUCCCCCGAAAACGUGUCGGAGGUAACACCGCCAGCGACGCCUCCAACCCCAGGGCCGCCCACGUCCCCCACGAGUAGCAUUGGCAGCAACGUGGACUUCCAGGUGCGCACUCGUCGCGAACUGGAACGAAAUCGAGAAUUCGUUGGCUCUCUGCUGGCGGCUUAUGAACGCAUGGAAAAGUUGUGGAAUCCCCGGCAUCCCGACUACAAGUACAAUGCCAAGCGGAGUGUUUACGGAGGACUGGCUGCCCCACUGGAGGGCAUCUGCCAGAUGCAGCUGACGGGCGUCGAAAUAUUUGCGGUACUCAAGGAGCUGCGUGGCCGCUAUCGCCGGGAGCUGAGCAAGCUAAAUGUCCUCGGCGGGAAGUACAAAUCCCGCCUGUGGUACUUUGACAAGAUGCACUUCCUCAGAGGCGUCAUCGAGAACAAGCGGGCCGAAAGGGAAGCCAAGAUCAGCAAUGAUAGCACCGAAAGCGAAAAGUCAUGCGAAACCGAUGGCGAGUCCUGCAGCAAGUCUGUCCUGUAUCGUGAGGUGCUCAGCUUCAUACUGGAUGCGUUCAAGCGGCUGGAGUGCUUAUGGAAUCCCCAGCACUACGAGUAUACCAGCUGCUGCAAGAAGGAGCUGUACCGGGAGAUCUCCGCCCAAUUGCAGGAGGAGCUCAACUACGAGCUGAGCGGCGAGGAGUGCCACAAGGAGAUACUGAAGCUGAGGACGCGCUAUCGCAAGGAGCUGCGCAUGGUGAUCAAACACAAGGGAUUGUAUCUGCCCAAGCUCUGGUGCUACGACGAGAUGGAGUUUCUGCAUCCAAUACUCCAGGAGCAGAUCUUUAACAAGAUCAGCAAGAAGGUCGGUGUGGUGGAGACCAACCAGAAGACGAAGUUCAUCGAUGCCAGCCCCAUUGAAUUCGGAAGGGCAGAGGAUCAGCUGCAGUUUGUGGAGAUCUAUCGCAAUUAUGCGGCGUUGUGGGAUGUGGAUCAUCCCGACUUUAGAUCGAAUGCCUACCGCAGUCAGGCGCUGGCCCAGAUGUUGGACGAACUGAACAUAACCUUCCAUACGGCAUAUGCCGCGGAGCAACUGGAGAAGACUCUGUUCGAUCUGCGCAAGGAGUUUUCAGCGCAGAAACGGAAAAUACUCACCAACCCAGGGGACUCGUGCAGCAUUCCCCUGCUGCACGCAAGACUGGCAGACUUUUUGGAACAGAACCUGGGGCCCUUCCGAUGUGACGUCUGCUCGGAGCUCAUCAAGACCUGCGACCAGUAUAAGGUGCAUCGGUCCGGGCACGACAGCACCCCGCCCUUCAUAUGCACGCUCUGCGGCAAGGGCUUCCAGAUGCCGUGCAAUCUGACGGUGCACAUUCGACGGCAUCGGCGCGACUUUCCCUAUGCGUGCGAGAAGUGCGACAAACGCUUUGCCACCUCCACAGAGGUGGCCAUCCACCUGCGGACGCACACUGGAGAGCGGCCCUACAUUUGUGACCUGUGUGGGAAAUCUUUCAAGACGUGGUCCUUCUUCGAUAUACAUCGGCGCAGGCACCUUAACCUGUCGACAUUCAGCUGCCCCAUCUGUGCAAAGGGGUUCUACGAGAAGAAUCGCUUCACCGACCACUUGAACUCCCACUGGGCCAUACGCAAGCACCUGUGCACGGUGUGUGGCAAGACCUUUACCACCUACGGCAAUCUCAAGAAGCACACCGAAUUGCAUUUGGCCGUGAAGAAGUACAAGUGCUGCUCGUGCGGCAAACGAUUCGCCCAGUUUGCCAGUCUGCGCUGGCACAAAAAGCGGGCACACAGCUCUGGGCAAUCGUAGAGAGUUAGCUACGAGUUGUACAACUUAUAUUGCCAUCAUCCACUUGAAGAUAUUGCUAGCUGGAAGUGUACUUAUCUAGCACUAAGUAAUGUAUUUAUUUACUAUUUAAGUAAGUCUGUUAUAUGGCCUGGUCCCUAGAGUUCGCUGCUUGAGUUUGUAGUGUUCAGUCUUCGCCAGUGAGUUAGGGCCAGAGCCUAUUUAGGCUCUAACUCCGACAUUGGCCAAUAGAUGGUUUUUUUCUGACCUCAUGUUAAUAGGAAGCUAGGUUCGAAGGCGCGCAUUCUUGCUGUGCUCGGGUCCAGCUCGUCGGAUUGGUCGGGGUUCUUUCUUCCCUAGCUACACAGUUUUCCUGACACAAAUCAAUAUAAUGCGCUUCAAAAAAAAAAUAAACAGGAUCUCGACGUUAAUAUCAAUAACCAAUAAAAAAAAAAAACUCAUUUCCACUCUGCGCCGAUACGCAUUUAGAAAACGCUUAGAAAAAAAGUGUAGUUCGUCUUCUGUCUGAUGGAGGGAACAGCGGUGAUGUAUGUCCCUAGUCUUUACCCUCCCAACCAUGACAAACGCGUUUACAUUCGGGCGUUGUCCCAAUUCAAAGAUUCAACAUCUUCUAGUGCAUUUUGAGGGAGAUAAGCAUAAGUACUUGACGGACGGAGACAAUAUUUAGCUUAGGCAGACAUAUUCAUGAUUACCAAUUCAUUUUAUUUUUAUGUCAAAUGUCCCUAACCAUAAGAGAUUGUAUUGAUAUAUAUAUAUUUUUUUUACAUAAAUUACAGAUAUAAUCCGAUUCCUUACAUUUACAAAUAAACAAAAAUAUACAAA